GUUGCGACUGGACGCACGCAAAGUUUAACAUACAUUUAUUUUUUUCUUUUAUAGAAAAAAAAAGGAGAUAGUAGAAGAAUAUGGCCCGCACGAAGCAGACCGCUCGCAAGUCCACCGGAGGUAAAGCGCCUCGCAAGCAGCUGGCAACCAAGGCUGCACGCAAGAGCGCUCCCGCCACCGGCGGCGUGAAGAAGCCUCACCGCUACAGACCGGGCACUGUGGCGCUUCGUGAGAUCCGUCGUUACCAGAAGAGCACCGAACUCCUGAUCCGCAAGCUUCCGUUCCAGCGGCUGGUGCGCGAGAUAGCUCAGGACUUCAAGACCGACCUCCGAUUCCAGAGCUCCGCCGUGAUGGCCCUGCAGGAGGCCAGCGAGGCGUAUCUGGUCGGACUAUUCGAAGACACCAACCUGUGCGCCAUCCACGCAAAACGUGUCACCAUCAUGCCGAAGGACAUCCAGCUGGCGCGCAGGAUCAGGGGCGAACGCGCCUAAAACUGUGUGCGAGCGUCGUCGGGUGGUCACUUGCCUAAUUGUGCAAUUGCAAAAGGCCCUUUUCAGGGC